GGGGCCAGUUCCGACUGCUACAGGCCAAGGCGACGGCCGCCACCGCCGCCCCUUCUCUGCAGAAGCCGCUAGUUCCUUUCCGCACUCGCGCUCCUGGCCCUGGAGACCAUGAGGUUCCGCAUCUACAAGCGGAAGGUGCUGAUCCUGACGCUUGUGGUGGCCGCCUGCGGCUUCGUCCUCUGGAGCAGCAAUGGGCGACAAAGGAAGAACGAGGCCCUCGCCCCGCCGCUGCUGGACGCUGAGCCCCCGCGGGGUGCGGGUGGCCGGGGCGGGGACCAUCCCGCCGUGUCCGUGGGCCUCCGCCGGGUCUCCAACGAGUCGGCGGCUCCGCUGGUCGCAGCGGCCUCGCAGCCGGACGCGGACAACCUGACGCUGAGGUACCGGUCCCUGGUGUACCAGCUGAACUUUGACCAGACGCUGAGAAAUGUAGAUAAGGCUGGCUCCUGGCUCCCCCGAGAGUUGGUGCUGGUGGUCCAGGUGCAUAACCGGCCCGAGUACCUCAAACUGCUGCUGGAUUCACUUCGAAAAGCCCAGGGCAUUGACAACGUCCUCGUCAUCUUUAGCCAUGACUUCUGGUCGACAGAAAUCAAUCAGCUGAUCGCUGGGGUGGAUUUCUGUCCGGUUCUGCAGGUGUUCUUUCCUUUCAGCAUUCAGUUGUACCCCAAUGAGUUUCCGGGCAGUGACCCCAGAGAUUGCCCCCGAGAUUUGGAGAAGAAUGCAGCUUUGAAGAUGGGAUGCAUUAAUGCUGAGUAUCCUGACUCAUUUGGCCACUAUAGAGAGGCCAAGUUCUCCCAAACCAAACAUCACUGGUGGUGGAAACUCCAUUUUGUAUGGGAAAGGGUCAAAGUUCUUCGAGACUAUGGUGGCCUCAUUCUUUUCCUAGAGGAGGAUCAUUACUUAGCCCCAGACUUUUACCAUGUCUUCAAAAAGAUGUGGAAAUUAAAGCAGCAAGAGUGCCCUGAAUGUGAUGUUCUCUCCCUGGGGAGCUAUACUGCCAGUCGCAGUUUCUAUGGCAUAGCUGACAAGGUAGAUGUGAAAACUUGGAAAUCUACGGAGCACAAUAUGGGUCUAGCCCUGACCCGGGAUGCAUAUCAGAAGCUGAUUGAAUGCACAGACACUUUCUGUACUUACGAUGAUUAUAACUGGGACUGGACUCUUCAAUAUUUGACUGUAUCUUGUCUUCCAAAAUUCUGGAAAGUGCUGGUUCCUCAAGUACCUAGGAUUUUUCAUGCUGGAGACUGUGGUAUGCACCACAAGAAAACCUGUAGACCAUCCACCCAGAGUGCCCAAAUUGAGUCACUCUUAAAUAAUAACAAACAGUACAUGUUUCCAGAAACUCUAACUAUUAGUGAGAAGUUUAUGGCAGCUGUUUCCCCACCUAAGAAAAAUGGAGGGUGGGGAGAUAUAAGGGACCAUGAACUCUGUAAAAGUUAUAGAAGACUGCAGUGAAAAAUCACAAUUACAAAAGCAAAAGUGACAGUCUUCUAUUUUUGAUAUUUGUCCAAACAGGAUAGACAAUGAAUAAAAAAGUUUAAGGACUGGUUUCUGCUUUAAUACAAAAAAAAGUCUUGUAAACGGUGUCCAAAUAUAAUCUUUUCCUUUUA